CCAGGAAAUAGUUCAUCUCCUAAGUUUGUGUGGGUUGGGCUGCAUCCAAAAGGCACAGAAGCAGGGACAUUAGAAAAAGAAAACGAGCUCUGUGCUCCUUUUUUUACAUCACAGCUGCCCUUCCCAUGUCCUUCAGCAGUGGUGAGAGCAACAGCAGCAGCGCAAUUCCUGCCUGAACAAGCUGUUCUUCAUGACAGGGAGAGCCAAGGGUAAAAGACACGGCCCCACUGGGAUGGAGACACAAGCAGAAAGGGAGUGGAGGAAGCUGGCAGAGCAGAGGCUGACAAAAGGAGCAGAGCCUAGGGCUGGGAGCAGGGCCAGCUUCUCAGAGCUAACUGAGCUGAGCAAUAUGAACUUACAGCCCAGCAAGCAUUUCUGACUGCAGCACGCUGUGGCACCUCUGCCAAGGCCACCUACAUUUUCUCUGCUGUUUCACUCUGUCCUUUCAGCUGGGAGGGACAGCCUUGCUUGUUAUUUGAUCCUGCAGAAGCUCCAGGACAUUGGCUUACUCUGCAGUGUCCUGUGCUCCGCAGGGAGAUGGAGCCGUGGCAGGAAGGGAUGCUGAUGAAAAACCAGAAAUGGUACCCAGAGAGAAGGAAAGAGGAGCAGCCCAAGACAGCAGAUGCUGUUGGCAUGGAACCACAGCAGGAAGGGGCUCCUUUAAGCCAUGGGGUGGUGCAGGCAGGGGGGAACGCUUUCCUGGAUGAAGGUAAGAGGAGGCUAGGGCAAGGGGUCACCCCCAGCCAUGAGAGUGCAGAUGCCAAGCUACAGCUGCCAUAUGGUUGCAGAAGAGAAGGUCCGGAGGAGGUGAUUUCAGGAGAACAAAACCUAAGGCCUAGCCUAGAUGAUUUGGGCCUAGGCAAAGAUGGAAGUUUCACUUCCCGAAGAGAGAAGAUGGGCAUAUUAAAAAGAUCAGCCAAAGAGGAUAUGCAACCAACUGGAGAGUGGAGGCUUGAGGAAUCCCUGAUGGGGGAGCUCUCUGAGAUGGUGCAGAACGUGGUGAAGAGCAGCAGCUGGUGGGAAAGACAUGGCAUUGAUGGCACAAUUAUUGCUUUGAACCUCCUCACCCUGCCAGUAGGGUUCUUGCUUCUGCGUUCCAAUAAUCUAUUAUCUUUCCUGUGGGGCAUUGUCAUCCUGGGUGUGGCACAUCACACAAUCACUGUGAAGGGGAGCCAUCUGGCCAGCCACAAUGUUCUGGUGGAGUCCAAAUCAUGGGGGAAAUUAUGGGCCAUAUUCUUUAUUGAGGUUUGCUCCGCUUUCACGGCAGAACAGGGGUCCUACAACCACGUGAAAAUCCACCAUGGUUAUACAAAUGUCAUUGGCCUGGGUGACUCUAGUACAUGGAAGCUUCCCUUCCUGAACCGCUUUGUUUACAUGUUCAUUGCACCUAUCGCAGUACCUAUUAUCACCCCUUUAGUGGCAAUUGGCUUGCUCAAAGAAGUUGAAUUGAAAACAGCCAUCCGGACCCUCUGUUGCAUGUUUAUUGGCCUGUAUUCCCAUUACUGGCUGCUGCUUAAUGUCUCAGGGUUCCAGUCCAUGUGGUCUGCUCUCAGUUGCAUGCUGGUCACACGAUCUCUCCUCGCCCAUCCUUACAUCCAUGUUAACAUCUUUCAGCAUAUUGGCCUCCCAAUGUUCUCAGCUGAUAAGAAGCCGAAACGGAUUUACAUGAUGAGCAGCGGAGUUCUGAACUUGUCUCAAAAUCUCCUGCUGGACUGGUCCUUUGGGCACUCACUCAUCAGCUGUCAUGUGGAGCAUCAUCUCUUCCCAACUCUUUCUGAUAACAUGUGCCUGAAGGUCAAGCCAAUUGUUUCCUGGUAUUUGAAAGAGAAGAAGUUGACAUAUAAUGAAGAUUCUUAUUGGUCUCGCUUGAAGUUGUUCCUGGACAAAUAUGAAGAAUUGAUGGUCCAUGCACCACCUAUUUCUGAACUUGUUGGGGUUCAGUGACAGCUCCGUUGGGACACAUCGCUAUUAUAACCAUAAAGCAAGACUUUUCUUUCCCACAAUCAAGGAAUUUAGAACUCAGGUUAGGGCCAGAUGAAGCUAUCAAGGGGAAAACCAGCAUGUCUUCAAUAUUUUCCAUAUGGACAAGUAGAAAUAAUGGCUUUUGCAUAAGAAAUUGCAGCUGCUCAAUUAUGGGUCAAAGGGGAAAUCAGUAGCUCCAAUAUAAUAGGAUCAAAAGAGAGCUAUUUUGAAUCUUAAAUCCUCUCCCCCCUGCCCCCUCUUUGUUUUAAUUUUGCACACCAUACCACCAACUUUGAUGGAUCUCUUCCAUUCUGCUACUUUCCAGCCCAGAGGAAGAAAUUGUAAAGCAGGGGUAGGGAACCUGUGGCCCUCCAGCCCUCUAGACACUGUUGGACUAGAGCUUCCAUAAUCCCUGACCACUGGCCAUGCUGGCUGGGGUUGAUGAGAGUUGUAUUUCAGCAACAUCUAGAAGGCCACCCCUAUUGUAAGGUCCUUUUCAAGUGAUAUUUUUUUCCUUAAAGAUAUUUUCCAUGUCGGGAAACACUUGCACACUACAAAAUACAUGGAGAGCUUUGUAGCGUUCCCCCCCCCAAUUUUUUUUAGUGUAUGACUCAGAUAGAUUAGACUGAUGCUGACUGAUUUAUGAAUACACAGUAGGGAAUAUAUCACACUGCUGUUCAUGUAUUGCAACAUACAAAGAAUGUAUGGAGGUUUUCUCUGUAAGGGGAAAAGUAACACAUGAAAAAACAAAACUGGUUCCUACACUAGUGUGCACAGAAUAACUCAGGGACUUCAAGUUCAAUUAAGCUACUGUGGAUUACUUUGUUAAGUCAAGCCUCCAUUCUGGGACCACUUAAGAUAUAUUUCUCCAUCGAAUGGUUGAUGGACCUUUUCGUUGUAGACAAAUUUCCCCAACUGCAAAAAGAAAGUUACCUCUACAAAUGAUGAUUGCAUAUAGGCCAGGGCAACAGAACCACCAUUGGUGGUGGACUUUUUAUGAGAUUACUGAUGCAGGUGAAGCCUAUAUUCAAUGCUGCUGUAGAAAUUAUUGUGGAACUGAGGGGGAGGUGGGGAGAAAAUAAAUUAUUAUACUCUCCCCACCUAAAAUGAUGAGAACUUAUCCUCUUGAAAUAAAACUGGUAAUGCAAAUGUA